UCGGGGACUCAGAAUUUUUCUUUGUCCCACGCUCGCGUCACAUUGAUUAAUUCACCUUCAAAUUUUCAAUCAUUGUUGAUUUCCAGUAUUAAUAUAGUGCACCGCACGUUUCUACUGUCAGACCCCAUUUCGAAUUCCCCAAUUAUCAGGUAGCCACAACUCAAAACCAUAUCCAUUGGAUUUGUUCUUCAGUCAUUUAAUAUCAGCUAUUUCGGAUUCCUCCAAUUUCGAACUAUUCUUCAUUUCCCUUGAGAGUUUUUAAACCUAGAUUCUGUGUAAUGGUGGUUUGUUGAGUCGGCUUAACUUUCGCAUUGGGACUCGUUCUGCUACUCCCCAGUAACAAAGUGACAAGCAACAAAACACACAGUGCAUGUAUUUGGCGGUAACACCAAGUAACUGUGUUUUCAUUUCUCGUGUGCUCGCAAAAGUUUCACAGCAACAAUUAACAACUCUCUUAUCAUUUGCGUGAGAUUGCAAAACGUUUUUUGGUGUGUAUCUUGCAGCAACGAUGAACAACUCUCUUAUCAUUUGAGGCGCCUGAGCAAAAGACAGGGUUACUUUAGAUAUUUCAGCACGUAUCUCGGAGCAGCAACAACAAACACUCAUCUGUUCUCAUGUCUAGAUCUGUAAUCUCCCGCAAGUAAAUGGCGCAGAACAGCAGACAUUCGACACAAUGAACAUCCUGUGAAAAUAUGCAUUUGUUUAGAAAUGUGACUUACGAAUUACUUAUGAAUACCAUAUCUGAAGGUGUCACAGGUUUCAAGUUAGCAUGCCGUGGAAAUUACUCAGCGGUAGCUAGCAGUUGUUUAGCAAUGGACACUACAGACACUGGUCAACGGAAAAUCAAAUAGUUAAAUCGCAUGAGCAUACAACAGAAGAGAAACAAAAAAACCAAAGGGAGUGGAAAAAGAGAAAGCGUGAGGUGAAAGGCAAAGGUUAAAUCACCUUUGACUCAAGGUGAUCAUGUGAUUCCAAAUGACAACGAGGAAACGCCUGUAGUUGCUCAGUCGAAGGCAGCUUCAUCCUCUCGAAUUGUACUGAAUCGAAUUAUUUCACCCAUGGUCAACACGGAACUGAAUAAUACGAAAAAAGUUCCAGGAAAAACGGAAUCCUGGCACUCGAGAAGUGUGUUGAUGUUGCACCUGGCUCAAGGAAAGUCCCAGAAAAAAUCGGUGAAUAGUAUCUCUCAGUUCAAACGACCCGAAACCCGACACAGUCCACACAAGGCUGACAAGGGUGUAUCACACGUUCAAACACAACAACUAUUGCCUGGUCUGUCAAGGCCCUCAAUACCUAAAGUCAAGAAACGGCUUGUUGUGAAGGAGAUGAAAUGAGAACUAAAAGAACUAAAUCCUGAACAUAUUAAUUAUCUGAAUCAAGAAAGUAUUGGCAGUGGAAGCUACGGUCAGUGCUAUCAUGCCCGUUACAGGGGAAUUGACGUAGUCGUAAAGAGGAUGAUUUACAGCAGUACUGCAGAGGACAAGCUGAGGGCAAAAAGGGAUGAUUUAAUGCACGAGGCAGAGGUGAUUACUGCACUUGGUGACCAUGAAAGACCACCUGUGAUUGUAGGUGUCGUCACUACACAAGAGCCACUUUGUCUCGUCACACAGUUCCAUGGUAUAAAUGGCAUAAGUGGCACCCUUCAUCAUGCUGCGAUCUCAAAUGUUAUCACAUCUUCAGAAUGCCUUGAUAUCUUUGUUGAGAUUUGCUCUGCAUUAAAGCAUGUCCAUUCAAGAGGUUUCCUGCACAAUAAUAUCAAGGCUAAUAAUGUCAUCCUCAAAAAUAGAGCAGAUUCCAAUAGAUGCACUCCUAUCCUCAUCAAUUUCAGGAAGAGUAGAAAAGCUUCUAUCAAUUUUCCACCAGCCUCCGCGGAUCAAUUUUUCUUUUCUGGGCAACCGACCACGAUAAAAUCAGGUUGAGUACGAAAACCUAAUUAGUGCACGAUGCAAUUACAUCCAGCUCAAUUACUUUUACAUCCAGCUCG